AUGGUUUGGUCUUUGGAUUCCAGCAAGCGCCGAGCUGAUUCCACCCCGUACUCGGCUCCCCCUCCUCCUGCAAUGAAGUUGGAAGUGGAGGAACCCUUGGCCGAGAAGCACGUACGUCUCCACAAGAGGGUUAUGGACGUGAGCACUUCGUAUGAGCAAGCUCUGUACAACAAUGCAAAGACAGGUAAAACUUUAUGCUUCACUUUCUCGAAGGGCUCGAAAGUUGGUGAACAAUCAGACUUCUCAGCUUCUUCGAGCUCAUUGAGUAAAAUCAAAGCUUUGAAUUUUCCUUCCUCAUUAUUGAGGAUUGGGACAUGGGAGUGUGUGUCUAGAUAUGAAGGUGAUUUAGUGGAAAAAUGUUACCUCGCCAAACAUAAACUUGUAUGGGAAGUUCUCGAAGGUGGCUUGAAGAGCAAGAUUGAGUUUUACUGGUCCGACAUUACUGCAAUUAAGGCAGUAUUUUUUGAAGGUAGCCAUGGGACUUUGGAUAUUGUGUUAGCAAGACCACCUCUUUUCUUCUGA